CACGUUGGUUCGUUGAAUUGGAUUACGUGAUGUCGGGCGGGGGAUUUGCACGCGAAAAAAAUCGGUCGAAACCCGUCCAACCAUGAAAGCUGGUGGUGGCCGACGGCACAGUUCGGCUCGCAACGACCGGGCCCCAUAUAGAAGUGCGUCGCGACGCGGCCGCCAGUUUUGUCCCGCUGCCCUUAGGAUAUCGUCGUUCAGCAAUCAUGAGAUUCCUUUUCUUGAUCCUCUUUGUGGCUCCCGUGUUGGCCACGGAAUUCAACAGUCACAUUCGGGAACGCAGACAGUCAUCCAAUUACCGAGCUUACAAUCAAGCACCGGCGGCAAUCAAGCAGAUACUAGCCGCGCAGCAGUAUCGCGAUCCGAUCGUUCAUCUCCCGCCGCAACCGGUGCCGAAUCUGGGGCCCGCGUCGCCCAUCGAGCCUCAGUUAGUGCAGCAAAGCCAGCUGGCUACGUAUCGACCGAAUAUACAAGUAGGUCAGGCGCCUCAGCAGCCAACCUACAAACAGAUCCCCGUAAGACCAGCUCAGUACAAUCCGCCAUCCGCCGCUCAGCAACAAUACAAUCCGCAAUACCUUGGCAAUUAUGCGCCGCAAGCGCAACCACAGCCGCAGCAGCAACAAGCCGCCCAGACCAAUUAUCAGUAUUCUAGAAAUUUGCCGCCGCAGCUCCAACAGCUCGUGCAGAUCCAGCAAAACCUGCCUAAUGCGAUUCCGCAAGGACAACAUCAGGGAUAAUCUGCCUAAUUAGAGCGGAACGACGAUAUCUAAAAGACAUCGGGCGAUUUUCUUUUCAUAGAACAUCGAACCUUCUUUUUCCAAGAACAUCCAUCAUUUCGUAUCACUUCACCCAUUCUAUUCAUCACAUUUUACAAUAGGCGAAUUCGUAAUCUAUACGUAAUCUUCACUGAAAUGCGAGGGUAUUAGUAACUGUUUAUUCCUAUUCGUAAAUAUUUUAUUACAAAUGUUGAUCUGUUCGGACGAACUAAAUCGAAAGAGUUAAGUUAAUAGUUUUUAUUUUUAUUCUAAUAGUUAAAAAAUAUUAUUUUUCUGUAAGAAAGUUACAUUUCUGUAAUAAUUCGUGUCAUAUUUUACAUUCAUUUCACUUUCACUUCACACAUCAUUGCGUUCAUUUCACAAUCGCACAGAAACCUUUAUACCAAUUUAUAAAUUUAUGGUAAUGUGUAUGAGAAUUAUGUGAAGAAAAUUUGCAUAAAUAAAUUUCAUUCCAGUUUUUCCCCAUUUAAAAA